UAACAGUGUGUUUGCCAACAUGGCACCCAAAAAGAAGACUGUCAAAAAGAACAAAGGAGAUAUCAAUGAGAUGACUAUAAUUGUAGAAGAUAGCCCCCUAAACAAACUGAAUGCUUUGAAUGGGCUCCUAGAGGGAGGUAACGGCCUUAGCUGCAUUUCUUCUGAAUUAACAGAUGCUUCUUAUGGCCCCAACCUCUUGGAAGGUUUAAGUAAAAUGCGGCAAGAGAGCUUCCUGUGUGAUUUAGUCAUUGGAACCAAAACCAAAUCCUUUGAUGUUCAUAAGUCAGUGAUGGCUUCAUGCAGUGAGUACUUUUACAACAUCCUAAAAAAAGACCCAUCAACUCAAAGGGUGGAUCUCAAUGAUAUCUCACCGCUAGGCCUGGCAACUGUCAUUGCAUAUGCCUACACCGGAAAGCUGACUCUCUCCCUGUAUACAAUAGGAAGCAUAAUUUCUGCUGCUGUUUAUCUUCAGAUCCAUACUCUUGUAAAGAUGUGCAGCGAUUUUCUGAUUCGGGAGAUAAGUGUUGAGAAUUGCAUGUACAUCGUUAACAUUGCUGAAACAUAUUCCCUGAAAAGUGCAAAAGCAGCAGCCCAGAAAUUUAUCCGGGAUAAUUUUCUUGAAUUUGCAGAAUCAGAUCAGUUUAUGAAGCUUACAUUUGAACAAAUUAAUGAACUUCUUAUGGAUGAUGACUUACAGUUGCCCUCUGAGAUAGUAGCAUUCCAGAUUGCAAUGAAAUGGUUAGAAUUUGACCAAAAGAGAGUGAAAUAUGCUGCAGACCUUUUGAGCAAUAUUCGCUUUGGUACCAUCUCUGCGCAAGACCUGGUCAAUUAUGUUCAAUCUGUACCAAGGAUGAUGCAAGAUGCUGAUUGUCACAAACUUCUUGUAGAUGCUAUGAACUACCACUUACUUCCAUAUCAUCAAAACACAUUGCAGUCUAGGCGAACAAGAAUCCGAGGGGGCUGCAGAGUCCUGGUCACUGUAGGGGGACGCCCAGGCCUUACUGAGAAGUCCCUUAGUAGAGACAUCUUGUAUAGAGACCCUGAAAAUGGAUGGAGCAAGCUUACGGAAAUGCCAGCCAAGAGUUUUAAUCAGUGUGUGGCUGUGAUGGAUGGAUUUCUUUAUGUGGCCGGUGGUGAAGACCAGAAUGAUGCAAGAAAUCAAGCCAAGCAUGCAGUCAGCAAUUUCUGC